AGAAAAAAAUGGUACAUGCGCAGAUCUGUCCAUUGAGCCUUGUUUUUCUGUAAUACUUAGGAGCAUCACAACGGCUUGUUUGAUUUUAAUCGGAGGCCAAUAAGAAACAAAAUUGUACAUAUUACCACAGUGAACAUAUACAACAUCGAUUCUGAACAAUAUGGAGAUGGAAGAAGUUGAGCAAAUGGAGGCCACAGGAGAAACAGUUCCCCAGUCACUGCCCCUGAAUGAGAAACAGGCCCUAAACUCAGCAGGUGGAUUUACCUGGGAGGUGAAUGACAUGACACGCCUACGUCGCUUUUUGUGCUAUGGCUCAGAAGGUGGGACGUAUUAUAUCAAAGAGCAGCAGCUGGCAUUGGAAAAUGCAUUGGUUUUAAUCAGACUUAUAGAGGAUGGCAGGGGUGUUGAAGUGGUUCAAGAAAUCAAAACAUUUUGUCUUGAAGGGAGAGCAGCAAGAACAAACCCUGCCCUGUUUGCUCUUGCCGUUUGCUCUCAGCACUCAGAUAUCAAAACCAAGCAGGCCGCCUUCAGAGCUGUGGGGGAGGUUUGCCAGCUCCCCACCCACCUGUUUACUCUCAUCCAGUUUAAAAAGGACCUCAAGGAAGGCAUGAAGUGUGGUAUGUGGGGCCGAGCCCUGAGGAAAACGGUGGCAGACUGGUAUAAUGAGAAAGAUGCCAUGUGUUUGGCAAUGGCUGUCACAAAAUAUAAGCAAAGGAAUGGCUGGUCACACAAGGAUCUCCUGAGACUGUCACACAUGAAACCUGCAAAUGAAGGGCUUGCACUGGUCGCUAAAUACAUUACAAAAGGUUGGAAGGCUGUCCAGACAGUGUAUAACGAGAAGGAGAAUUCAGACUACAUCCGAAAGGUUAUGCAAUACUUGGAAGCUGUGGAAAAAGUUAAACACACCACUGAUGAGCUGGAAGUAAUUCAUUUGAUAGAGGAACACAAACUAGUCAGAGAACAGUUACUCACCAGCCACCUAAAAUCUAAAGAGGUGUGGAAGACUUUGCUGAAGGAAAUGCCACUAACUGUGAUGAUGAGAAAUCUAGGAAAGAUGACGGCAGACAUGGUUCUAACAGGAGACGUUGCCAUGGUGUGUGAGAAAAUCCAGAAUGAAAACAUUUUAAAGAAGGCACGAGUUCAUCCUUUCAAUGUCUUAGUGGCUUUAGAGACCUACAAAAAAGGCAGUGGAAACCGGGGCAAGCUGACAUGGAACCCAGAUAAAGACAUCCUUGAGGCACUAGACAGUGCAUUCUACACAAGUUUCAAGAAUGUGGAGCCCACAGAGAAGCGGCUGGUCAUAGCUGUCGAUGUCAGUGACUCAAUGAACAGCCUUGUUUUAGGGAGUUCUAUUACUGCCGCCAGUGUGGCUGCCGCUAUGACUAUGGUUUUUGCACGCACAGGGAAGGACUCACAGAUUUGGGUUUUUUCACACUCCAUAGUCCCUUGUCCAGUCACUGCAGACAUGACUCUUCCACAAGUUAUGAAAGAAUUUGAAAAGAUUACUAUGGGGGCCACUGACUGUGCCCUUCCCAUGCUGUGGGCCCUGGAGACCAACAUUAUUGCAGAUGUUUUUAUUGUUUUCACUGACAAUGAGACCUGGCUUGGGGACAUUCACCCAGCAGAGGCACUGAGGAAAUACAGAAAUAAAAUGGGAAUUUUCUCUAAGUUAAUUGUCUGUGGAAUGACUUCAGAUGGCUUCACCAUCGCAGAUCCUCAGGACCGAGGGAUGCUGGAUAUCUGUGGCUUUGACUCAGGAGCUUUGGAAGUCAUCCAACAUUUUGUUAUGGAUAUGAUUUAAAUGAACCACAAAAACUGAACCACAAUGAAGAAUAGCACAUUGCACACAGCUGCAAGAUCAAUGGAAAGUAGAAAUGCAUUUUGAGGAAACAUCAGCACGUACUGAUAUACCAGCCCAACACCGAACUAACCUUAAGUUUAACCCCUUUGCUGCAUGAUGUGUAAACAUCAAUAGAGAGGCAAUUUCAUUUGUCUAGUUGUUGUGUCCAGCAGGCUAGACAACACCAUUGAUUUAAUAAUAUAUUGAAAAUGAAACUGAACAAAAUGAAAAUAAUUUAAGCACACACAUUUUAGAACUACUGAAACUAAUUACCUAUUAAAGGUUCAAUGUACAGGGCAAGGUGCAGCACAGGGUUAACAAGAAUUGUUCUUCAGCACAUUUUGAUUUCAUUUUGUUAUGAUUUUGAAUUAUGGUAUAAGAUUAUCGUACGAGUCAUGAGACAUUAGCAAAACCUUAUUAACUAAGAAUACAUUAGAUUGGUAAUGCAUACAGUUUUAUAUAGCUAUAUGAGUAAAUUGCAUAUAAGCCACAUUUUAUAGUUUUGAAGCAAUGCAUGCUAUUUAUUGUAUGGUUUUUAUUUUAUAUUUUUAUAUUUUAAGGGAUCAUUCUUAGGUGAUAUGCUUUUUAAAAAAGUUAGACAUGUUUGAGGAACUAGACGAGUUUGGAAAGAAACAAGGUUACAUUGCUCUUAAGUAAAGAAAAGGUCAAAUGAAAAACUAGCUUUGUGCAUUUUGUAAAUGCUUACAGUUUGUUUUUAACAUUUUAUUAUAUUAAAAUGCAGGUAACAUUAAUUGGACGUAACCUUUCAGAUUAACCACAUUUAUAUAGUACUAAUGUAACUUUAAAAUACAGUUUUUUGGUCUAAAUAUAUUUAUACUAAUAUAAACAGUUAAUAAAUAACAUACAACAUGUACCCCCUGGAAAGUAAAACCUGACUCAGAAAUAUCAAAGACCAGUCAACUGUGAAGUGAUUUUAAGGGUAUAAUGCUUUCUUACAAGAUGGGUGCUUACAGUUAUCCGUUUUGUAGUAAAUUUUGGUAAAUGAACCAUGGUUACUUAGUUUAAGGUAGGUAUAGCUCUCGAGUUACAUUUUAUAAAUAGUGAGUAUAGUAUGCUUAAAGAGGUAGAAGAGUAGACAAAAAAUACUGUAACUGAUUGUGUACUAAAAAGUAUAAAUGUGAUGGCUAGGAACUCAUGACCUGUGAUUGAGCCUUUUGUACAUCUAAAAUACUAGAUGCCAAUUAAGACCAAGGGGCCAUUGCACAAUAGGUAAUUACUGUAAACGAGAAUGUGCAAUAAUAUGUAGGUGCUGUUUACACAGUGCAUUGCAGGAGAAUAAAACAUCGCAUCUUGUAGCAUUUUUUAAAUUCAUUUGUUUUGUAGCAGUAAUUAAACAGUAAGUACAUUAAUGGAGAUUGUAAAGCGUUUUAGGGUUCAGUGUUAGUAGGAAUGGUGAAAAUGGAUUUGCAAAGUAGGAAGUAAAUGAGAAUAUGGGGAUUACAAAAUGUGUUGUAAAAGGGACUUGCAACAAGUUAAAAUCAUUGAAUUUUUGUAAAGUUUAUCAACACAAAUCAGGGACAAGCACAUAAGUAACAAGAGAAACUACUGGGUACAUACAUUAACACACUUGGCAUUUGUUGGUACAGUAUUUGCGUUAUUAAAUGUAAAUAAUACAAUUCUUAGACACUGGGGCACAAUUAGGUUGACUUUGAGCUAGCAAAUAACAUUCUAGGUAAAUAAUCACACAUGUAAUAAAGAGAAUGUAGCAAAUGAAUUAUUUUGAUUUAUUUUAGAUAAACUAAUAUAUUCUCCACAACCAAUUUUCCUAAAACUCACAGUGACUUUCUGUGUGAUCAUAUACUUAGGACAUGUACAUGUCAGGUUAACGAUCUGUAUUAGAUUGUUUUGAUCUUACAGCCACCUGAACUAAUCUGUUACCUGCUUUUACGAGCCAGUAAACACACACACACACACAGUGCCGAGAACAAGUUUGUGAACCCCAAUGAAAAUUCCAUAGUUUUACCAUGAUA